UGACAAGAAAGAUCUAGCGGCAGCGACUGGCCCUGCGACGGCUUGCGGCCACAAGAGGGCGUUCCGUAGCACGGCCUGGUCUCCGCCCUCGGCCGGGCCACUUCCCCGCUUCCCUGCCCCGGACCCCAGACGCCGCCAGCACUCGCCUGCCUCUUAUCUGCGCGAGCCUACGCAGCUCCCCAGGUGCUGCACCAGUACAGCAGCAGGGAUGGCAGAAGUGGAGCUUCAUGAGGGCACCAUCCAGGUGCAGCGCCAGAGCCUCUUCUUCCGAGAGGCUCGGCCAGGCGGUGGGCAGGCUGCCUGCUUCUCAGUUCUGCUGUUGCAUGGCAUCCGCUUCUCCUCCGAGACCUGGCAGAACCUGGGCACGCUGCACAGGCUGGCUCAGGCUGGCUACCGGGCUGUGGCCAUGGACCUGCCAGGCCUGGGGCGCUCCAAGGAAGCAGUAGCCCCUGCCCCUAUCGGGGAGCUGGUCCCCAGCAGCUUCCUGGCAGCUGUGGUGGAUGCGUUGGACCUGGGCUCUCCAGCUGUGAUCAGCCCAUCGUUGAGUGGCAUGUACUCCCUGCCCUUCCUCACGGCCCCUGGCUCCCAGCUCCGGGGCUAUGUGCCAGUGGCCCCCAUCUGCACUGACAAGAUCAGUGCUGCGGACUAUGCCAGUGUGAAGACCUCAACUCUUAUAGUAUAUGGAGACCAGGACCCCAUGGGUCUGACCAGCUUUGAGCACCUGAAGCAGCUGCCCAACCACCGGGUGUUGGUCAUGGAGGGGGCAGGGCACCCCUGCUACCUCGACAAACCUGAGGAGUGGCACACAGGGCUGCUGGAUUUCCUGCAGGGGCUAGCAUGAGACCCAGCCCUGCUGAUGGGGCUGGCUGCUGGCCUGCCUUGGGCUCUCUCUGUCUCCUUUCUUCCUCCAUGGGUUCCUGCUCAUCAUGUACAUGCAACAGGUGUGUUUCUGUCUAUCUGGGUUCUUGUCUCUAGGGUCUGUCUUUUCCUCUUCCUCUUUCUCUUGCAGUGACAGACUAAGGAGGUGAAACCAAGAGGAAAAACCUCAGGAAGCAAGAGACGUAAUCUGGUGGAGGGUAAUCCAUUAGAUGAGCUUCUCCUAUAGGCUUUCCUGUUCGCUCACACCCCUUACUCUGCCCUGUGCAGCCUCCCCAGCCUGCCUCCCUCCUUUUCCUUCAGCUGCCCUCCAGGGCACUCAAACCUCCUACUCCUGCUUCUUAGACCACAGAUACAUCCAUGCCCACAUACAUGCUUACACAUUUAGAGCCAUCCAUGUUCCCAGAUGUGACCCUUCACUUGGGAGCAACCACACAGGUACAGGCAACUCUGGACUGACAUGCACACUGUCACCUACAGCUUUGCAUUGCAUGCAUUCACACACAUGCAUUCUUGUGCUCUCACACAAGCAUUCACAUGGGCACAUGCACCCUCCCAACCAUGCAGAACCCCACUGUCCAGGAAGGUGGGGACCCUAGGGGCCAGCCCUUGCAGGAGGCCCUCUGCCAGGUUUAGGAGUGGCCAGCCCUGAACUCCAUUCACCACAAGUUGCAGCUGGCCCCAGCCCAGAGCUGCUGCCCAAAAGGUGAGGGCCACACUUUGGAACCUCUGAUCUCCCUGCUUUGCCCCCUCUUUCUGCGUGCUCCACACCUCCCCAGGUUAUUAGGCCUGGAUCUGCUCAGCCAAGCUUGUUUCCUGCUCUGAGGUUUGGGGGUUGGGGAGACAGAGACUGGAGAGUGGAGGUCGGUGAAAUAAAGUGAUGCAAUUAGA